UUGAAAAACCGGUUUUUUAAAUAAAAUAAAAUAUAAAAUGCAUAUUCCCUUCAAAAAGAAAAGACUUUGGCAGAGUCGCAGAGACCACGAAGAAGAGACUGAGCGAGACCUAGUGACGGCGGCGAGUCACAGAGACCAAUCCUCUUUCUUCUCUGUGUGAUCGCGGAAGCCGACUUUCCAAGUGGUGCUGUUGCCAGUCAAGAGAACACCAGGAAGAGUUCACGUUUCUUCCACAAUCUUCCUCUUCCAUCAACUGCUACCACUUCACAUACUCGACGCACGAAUGGCGCAGUUGAAAGCACUCCCUGCAUAUCCAUCCUCUGCUACUCCUCCUUCCCUGCAUUCAACAGUUCACCUUCUGCAUCAUCAGUUUUGGAAGGCAAAGCCAUCAUCAUUCAAACAGUUUGGACCAAGAGCUUGUGUUGGUGCUGGUAAACUUCAAGCUAUAAAAGCAGUGCUAUGCAGUGAUACAGAUGUAGAAAUUUCUGAGACCAAGAAAGGUAGUGGGCUACGAGGCAAAUUGAAUAAGGUUGUUCUUGCUUACAGUGGUGGCUUAGACACAUCCGUCAUCGUACCAUGGCUGAGAGAAAAUUACGGUUGUGAAGUCGUUUGCUUCACUGCUGAUGUUGGCCAAGGACUAAAAGAGUUAGAAGGUUUAGAGGAGAAAGCCAAAGCCAGUGGAGCCUCUCAAUUAGUGGUUAAGGACCUGCAGGAGGAAUUUGUUAAAGAUUACAUAUUCCCUUGCCUGCGUGCUGGUGCCACUUAUGAGAGGAAGUAUUUGCUUGGGACCGCGAUGGCUCGCCCUGUAAUUGCAAAGGCCAUGGUUGAUGUUGCCAAAGAAGUCGGAGCUGACGCUGUCUCCCAUGGGUGCACCGGGAAAGGAAAUGAUCAGGUUCGAUUUGAGCUGACAUUCUUUGCUCUAAACCCCAAGCUAAAUGUCGUGGCUCCAUGGAGGGAGUGGGAUAUUACAGGGAGAGAAGAUGCUAUUGAGUAUGCUAAAAAGCAUAAUAUUCCUGUCCCAGUGACAAAGAAAUCCAUAUAUAGCAGGGAUAGAAACCUGUGGCACCUUAGCCAUGAGGGUGAUAUUUUGGAAGACCCUGCUAAUGAGCCCCAAAAGGAUAUGUACAUGAUGUCUGUAGAUCCUGAGGAUGCCCCAGACAAACCAGAAUAUGUCGAAAUUGGGAUAGAGGCAGGGCUUCCUGUUUCAGUCAAUGGGAAGAGGCUUUCGCCAGCGUCAUUACUAGCAGAGCUCAAUGAGAUUGGCGGAAGGCAUGGAAUUGGCCGGAUUGACAUGGUUGAGAAUCGGCUCGUAGGUAUGAAGAGCCGCGGAGUUUACGAAACUCCUGGCGGAACCAUCCUGUUCGCUGCAGCAAGGGAGCUAGAGCUUCUGACGCUUGACCAAAAAGCAAUGCAAGUCAAAGAUUCGCUAGCCCUUACCUAUGCAGAGUUAGUGUAUGCUGGCAGGUGGUUUGAUCCGCUUCGCGAGUCCUUGGAUGCGUUUAUGGAGGAAAUCACAGCGACCACAACAGGUUCUGUGACUUUGAAACUGUUCAAAGGUUCGGUUGGUGUAACCAGUAGGCAGAGCCCCUUUAGCCUGUAUAGGCAAGACAUUUCAUCAUUCGAGAGCGGGGAGAUAUAUGAUCAAGCUGAUGCUGCGGGCUUUAUUCGGCUUUAUGGUCUUCCCAUGAGGGUUCGAGCAAUGCUUGAACAGGGUAUCUAAGGUUGAUUUCAUUUCAAACUAUUUGGGAAAAUAGGACUUGCUUUGUUGCACUACACAAAUUUGCUUGUCUAGAACAAAGGUAGAGUGUAGCUAGAGAGUACCCUGGAUUGUUAGUGGAUCAGCUACGCCUUAAUAAAAUUUAUGUAUGUCUGCCUCUCAGCAUCAAACAUGGUCUCCAUUGCCAUUUGUAAGUGCCUUCCUCUAACCCUCUUAUGGUUUUUUUUCAUGUCUUUCAUAACUGGUGAACCAUCAAAUUUUAAGGUUCCUGAAUAAAAGGUCCACAUGUAUCUCCAUUUCCUUGAGAGGAUGCUAGUCUUUGCAGCUUCAUUUAUUGGCAAUUUGGAUAAAAUUGCUCCAGGAAUUCCAUCUGGUAAUUGGUUGAUAA